GUGUAUAUUUAUGCAGUAGGGCGCAGGUCAGCAGUAAACGUCGGGUCAAAUUGGUCAGUUAAUUUGGGGGCGCGAUACGAUGCGUUUGAAUUUUCCAGUGUCGGAUGCAUUUGGUGAAAACCGAGGAAAUAUUCUUUUCCCUCAACAGCAACGUGCAAGUUUUGAUUCUGUUUUAAAAUGACUUAAUUAACAAAAUUAUGGCGGAAAACGUAAAAGUAAUAGUAAGAUGUCGUCCUAUGAACAAAAAAGAACACGAUUUAAACUGCAAAUGUGUGGUACGAAUGAAAAACUGUAUGGUGGAGACGUGGGAUUUCCAGGAGGGUCCGUCGUUUCCAAAAACAUUCACAUUCGACUCUACUUAUGAUCAAGACUCCAACACCGAAAAUAUCUACAACGACAUCUGCUAUUCUCUCAUAGAGAGUGUGUUGGAAGGAUACAACGCAACAAUUUUCGUCUAUGGACAGACAGGAUGUGGAAAAUCUUUUACAAUGGAAGGCACGAAAAAUGGAGAUCCAAAAGAUAGAGGGGUAAUAUCGAGAACAUUCGAUCAUAUCUUCGAAGCCAUUUCUGUUACACCAGGGGUUAAGUAUUUAGCUUUGGUUAGUUAUUUGGAGAUAUACAAUGAACAAAUAAGGGACUUGCUGCUACCAACUGAUAAACUAUCAAUUGCCCCUAACUUAAGUCUGAAAGAAACCCCCAAUGAAGGAGUCACUGUCCCAGGUCUUGUCUCUCACCCAGUUCACAACGCUUCAGAAUGCGAAUAUUAUCUGAACAUGGGUUCAAAAAAUCGUAUGAUUGGAGACACACUUAUGAACCAAAAUAGUUCAAGAUCACACAGUAUUUUCACCAUUAGUAUUGAACAAAUUUCCCAUAUCAACAAUAACGAAAGCAUUAAAAAAGGUAAACUAAACUUGGUGGAUCUUGCUGGUUCGGAAAGACAAGCAAAAACUGGCGCAACCGGUGAACGACUCAAAGAAGCAACAAAAAUAAACUUGUCACUUAGUGCCUUAGGUAAUGUUAUAUCAGCCUUGGUGGAUGGAAAGGCGAAACAUAUUCCCUAUAGAGAUUCCAAACUCACAAGAUUACUGCAGGACUCUUUGGGAGGAAAUACCAGGACGUUGAUGAUAGCCUGCGUAAGCCCUUCUAGCAGAGAUUACAUGGAAACUCUGUCGACCUUACGAUAUGCCAACAGGGCGAAAAAUAUUAGCAACAAACCUAAAGUGAAUGAGGAUCCCAAAGAUACCAUCCUAAGACAAUACCAAGAAGAAAUAGCGAAACUGAAAAGCCUUUUGGGCAACCACCCUUCAGAAGAAACAAAAUCGAUAAAAAUCGAAGACUCCAUCAAAAUGAAGAACGAAAGAAACGCGGAACUAGACGCUAAAAGGGAUAAACUUCUAAGGGGAUACCAGGAAGAAAUGAAGAAACUGAAAAGCCUUCACGAAUCGGAGAAAAACGAAAAAGAAAUUGUGAUAAAACAGAUAGAAGCCAUUAAAGAAGAGUACGAGCAAAAUAUAAUGAAAUUGAAUGAAGAAAAGCAGAAGAAAGAACUUUGCAGUCAGCAAGAAAUCGUGAAGAGGAUAGAGGUGCUAAAGGCGGCCAUGAUUGGUGGAGAAAAGGCCAACGAUAGGGAGUUGUCGGAAAGAAGAAAAAAGAAGAAAAUGGAAGCAGAAAAUAGAGCAAGUGUUAUAGCUCACUUGUUAGCUAAAAUAGAUGAGAACGAAGACAGAGAAAUCCUUCAGAACCAGUACAAGGAUAUUUCGCAAGAGCUGAACCUUAAAACAGAUGCGUUGCGAAAGUACAGGCAUAAAGUUAGACUUCUUGAGAAGGAUAUUAAUGAUAUUUCAGGCGAGUUUGAGACUGAAAGACAGGAUUACUUGGAAACUAUAAGGAAGCAGGAGAAAACUUUGAAAUUGUUAACGCAGGUUUCUGAAAAGUUGGCUGGGACGUUAAAGAAAGAUUGUAAUUAUAGUGAUUUGGAUGCAAUAAAAGAAAAGGCAGUUUGGUUGGAUGAUGCCCAAAAAUAUAAAUUACCAGAAAUGGUAUUUCCAAGAACUAAACUGCCACCCCCAGGCCGAGUUUCUGAUAUACAAACAGCCCCCGGUAGAUUACAUUACGAUUCGUUUGAAGAGGAGGGAAAGUGGUUAUAACAUUAUUAUUUUGUAUGCACGCUGCUUUUUAAUAAAAAAAGGACAAAAUCAUAAUCGAAUAGUAAAAAAUACAAAUAUUAUGGAUGAUUUUAUUUUAAAUGGUGAGGUAAAUAUUUACAAAAAAAAUGCACACUUUAUUAAUAGUUUUGCAAUGUGCUUUACUUUUAUCUUGAUGUAUUUAUUUAAAAUAAAAAUAAUUAAUAUUAGAGAACUGUCACUUACUUUCGAAAAAUUGACACGGCCGGUAAAACAGAUUCCAAACAUCAAUUUGGUUACACUAUUUCUGUGUAGAUGUCGCACUAAACAAAUAUUAAAAUUAAUUCGUAGUUUUUCAUUAUUUCAGUUUUAA